AUGGUCAGCACCAGAAAGAAGGACUACGGCGAGCCGCCGCCGCCCAAGAAGCGCGCACGGCCCAAGGUGAAUGAGGAUGACGAUCCAAACCAGAUCUCCUCCAUGAAGUUCACCUGGUUCCCCAAGCUGCCCCCUGAGCUGCGGAUCGAGAUUUGGAAGAUGUCCAUGACCCCCCGGCUCGUUGUGGUCCAGCCCAGAUGGAUAGCUGCGCGUAGGCUACUCUUGAAGUUCAAGAAGACGAUGUUUCCUGCCCAUCUUUCCGUCAACUGCGAAGCUCGAGAAAUCGCCUGGCGCCACUAUAGCUUGAAGUUGACACUUACCGUCACUGUGGACAUAACGGGACUUCACAGCUGGGAUUGUCCCGACUUUCAAAGCAGACAAUACAGUGCGAGAGCCGUCAUGUCACCGGACGACACUCUUGGCUUUCUUGGCUGGGAAGACAUACGUCGUGAGUAUGGGUGGAAGUUUCAAGUCGAGAGCGAAGAACGAAGCGACCCUUGGGCGCGCUGGGCGCCGCAAAACGCCCGGCUUUGCGGAGCACAGCCACAGCCUGAGGUGACCAAGGUUGCGUUCUUGAGGCCUGAUUUCCGCUGCAACCCCGAGGCCAUUGACUUCCUCAACUUCUCCAACUCUCGCGACUUGAGAUCGAUCCUCCACACAAAGUCGGACAAGCUCAGGAAGAUCUUCACCCAUGGGAGCCCUGGGCACACAACCCCAGGUCCAGGCAGCCCCAAGGACCACGUCUUGAUUCAUUCACGCAACUUCAAUGGCACCUUGGAACAAUGGGGCGAAAGACUGUUGCGCAGAAUUGAAUUUGGGGGUCUUCCUGAGUCGCAAGAACCGCCGGACAUUUUGGCAUUUGAGCUCGGAAGGCAACCCGACCCCAUCCCGGUCCUGAAGUGGUUUGGGUCACUUGCCAAGUGGGCAGGCAGCAGUCCCGAGGACAAAUACUUCUGGCGCGAACAGGCAUGGGUUUUGCGGCUGCCCGACUCCCGAGGCUUUUGA